GGCAACUCGCGUGCCGCGUUCCUCAGCCAUCUUGGCCCUUGCCUAUCUUCAUCAUUCCAGGAUAAUGGAUCUAAACCUGGCUUUUGUAUGACAAGGAUCUUUCUGUCUUUCUACUCUACUCAGUCCACUGAUCUAUUACGGCCAGGCUCAUAGAGGGCCACCUCAAGAUGCACCACUCCCAACUCGCCCCAUUGCCAAACGAUUUGCCCUUUCGUAUUGUCUCCAAGACAAUCGGCCAGGGUGCCUACGCGUGCAUCAAAAAGGCAUGCCCGUCGCACACGGAUAAUCCGGUCUUCGCCGUGAAAUUCAUCCAUAAAGAAUACGCAGCGCGACAUGGCAAGAUCAGUCCACGGCAAUUGCAAAUGGAAGCGACGGUGCACAAACACAUCGGCGAUCAUAAUAAUAUAAUAUCAUUCUUCCAAACCGGAGAGGAUGGGGUAUGGAGGUGGAUCGCUAUGGAACUGGCCGAGGGAGGCGAUCUUUUUGAUAAGAUCGAGGCUGAUGAAGGUGUGGGGGAGGAUAUUGCUCAUGUAUAUUUCUCACAACUUGUCAGUGCAGUAGGAUAUAUGCACUCGAAAGGCGUGGGCCAUCGCGAUAUCAAACCGGAAAACAUGCUCUUGACGGCAGAUGGGAAUUUGAAAAUCGCAGACUUUGGCCUGGCAACUUUGUUCGAGUAUAAAGGGGUGACAAAGCUUUCCACCACUUUCUGUGGCAGUCCGCCUUAUAUUGCACCGGAGGUCAUUACUUGCAGCAAUAAAAACAACACGAAAGGGAUAGGCUACCAACCGGAUCUGGUCGACAUUUGGUCAUGCGGAAUUGUCCUUUUCGUUCUCCUGGCCGGCAAUACACCCUGGGAUAGCCCAACAGAAAAUAGCUACGAGUUCCACGAAUAUGUCACAACCAACGCACGGACAAGUGAUGAACUCUGGCAACAAUUACCAGUCGCGACCUUAUCAUUACUACGGGGUAUGCUAAAUAUCGACCCAGCCAGCCGCUUCUCUUUGGAAGAUGUUCGGAGGCACCCCUGGUAUACACGGCAGAAUAGGUUUUUAUCACCGGAUGGCAGGCUCAGAGACCCAAUAAAUAUGGCCACAACGAUGUUCGAGUCUCUUCAUAUAGACUUCUCGCAGGAUCCCCUCGCUCGGCGAGCAAAUAGUGGCGUUGAUCCUUGCCGAAUGGACAUGGACAUAGGAGAUCUGGACAACGACUUCAGGAUCUCGUCGACGCAACCUGAGAUGCCAAGAGGCCACAUGCUAGUUGAUUGGGAUACGCCUCACUUAACUGACGUCUUUUCAUCCACUCAAUCGAUGGGGCAACCUCUCUCGGUGGACGAUACCUAUGUAGCUGACACGCUUGAGGAUGAGCCAUCUAUGUCACAGUUUUCUCCUCAUCCCUCUGUGCCUCUCAGCCGAACACAGAAGGCACAACAAUUCCGUGAUAUAGUACCGUCCAGGCCUUUGACUCGCUUUUACUCCACGUGGGAACUGAAAAUCCUUGUACCCCUCAUCUGUGAGGCUCUGCAUCGCCUGGGGGUGCCCGUGCCCUCGGUACCCGCGGUUUCUGCCGGUGAUGCGUCAGCAAUGAUAAGAAUUGUCACCAGGGAUGGCCGAAUGUGCACGCUCCAGGGUAAGGUCAUCAUCGAAUGCGUGUCAGAGGGUCUAUUUGAGAUUGAAUUUAUGAAAGUGAAAGGUGACCCGCUUGAAUGGCGACGUUUCUUUAAAAGAGUUGCUGUUCUUUGCAAAGACGCUGUCUACAAGCCUGAGGGCUAAUCGGUGGUGCUUUUUAUCUGGCCCUUAAAGUUUCUUCCGGGCUCAGUGCAAUCCUUCGCUUUUUUCAUUUGGGACUUGAUAAAGGGUCACCUUCUGUAUGACUAAUAUGAUUUAUGAUGGAUUGGAUAAAAGAUACCAAUUGGAAUUAAGAGCGUGGGUAUGCUCUCAAAUAACCGAGGUGGCCAAGCAGAGCCUUGUCAUGAAAAUAAAUUUAUAGCCGCAGA